GUGUUAUGAACACCCGGAAAGCCGAGAGGGAAAAGGUAUUAUUUUUGGCUGAAGGUCUUUAUAGCUGGUGCAGGAACUCUCUCAUUAGUUACUCAUUGCCUCGGCAAGUCUCAUAAAACAGCCAGCAGAUCCCAGCAAAUACUUUUCUUCAGUCUUCUGGGAGCUCAGAAAUCCAGGAGUUGAACAAGGCCUUGAACCCAUUUUAUGGACUCACUUCUUACUGAGCUACCAUAAAAUAUUAAAAUUCAGACCUUAUAAAUAAGGAGGGGAAAGAGCUGCACAUUCCUCAGCAGAAGCAGCCUCUCCAGAGACUCUUCCCAAGACGCCGGCUGGGCUCCUCUGAGAUGGCGCAGAGAAGCAGCCUCGCAGUCCCCCAUGAAGCGCCUGUCCUUGCCCUUUGCUUUUUGGCCUGCAUAGCCACAGGUUUGGAACUGUCUGUAAAUAACCACGCAGCUGACUUCUCCCUGUCUACGUUGCCCGGCCCUGCCGUCUCCCUCUCGUGCCUGGUACAGAACAGCAGCCAGGCUGAGGAGCUGCUCUGGUACCGAGGAGAUGGGAAAGUAGAUCUGAAAGAUGGGAAUAAAGUGAACACCAGUAACAUCUGUGUAUUCCCGGUCACCGAGUCCGACAAUGGAGUCACCUUCACGUGCAAGCUGGCACGGGACAAGUCUGUCCAGGUGUCUGUGGUCCUGGAUGUCCAGUUUCCUCCCCAGCUGACUGGAGAAGAGUCCCUCCAAAUCGAAGAAGACAAAGAUGUUACCCUGACCUGCAACGCCAAAUCCAACCCUCAAGCCCAAACAGCCUGGUAUAAGAACAACAACAUCUUGAUCCUACAGCAAAAUCGUUACCAGCUGCACCAGACCAGCGAGGUCUUUCAGCUCACUAUCAAAAAAGUACAGAAGUCUGACCACGGCACCUACACCUGCGUGGUGAAAUCUUCUUUGGGAGAGGGGAGAAGGGAUUUCCACCUGACUGUUGAAGAUAAAAAACCUGUCUUUCCCAAGGAGGCUGUUAUUGCUGCUGCUGUGGUGGUUACAGUCACGAUACUGUUUGGAAUUGUGGCUCGAAAAGAUAAAAUUUUUAAGUGCUUCAAAAGAUCAAGUGAAACAGCUCUGUGAAGACCACAAGGUUCCCGUGCAUACUCAGAAAACAUCAUUCCUAGCGGUGGAACAUAAGCCCUUGUGGGAGAUCAUGAGAUAAAGCAC